AAUUGUCAUGGCCCGUCAGAAUCGCACCGGAAUAUUUGUAAAUACGUAAAAGUACGUGGUUGCGUGGUUACACUGCAAUAUUAUCUAAUAUUUUUUGUAUAUUUUGUUCCAAAUUAUGGACGAAGAUAUAGAAGAUUUAGUAGGCGAGGUGAAAUACACAGACUCGCAGAAAAGUGUAGCCACGACAAACAUGUACUCAAUGGACUUCGACAGCAGUUCAGACAAAAACAACUCUUCAGGCAAGGAGACGUACGUCAUAGAAUGUGAUGAUAGCGAAGACAGCGAGACUUAUCUUCUACACAGCAACAGGAGUGUUGUUAACUUGUUUGAAAGAGAACACCACACAGCACAAAAUGUAGAUGUAUUAGUAAAGACUAAGAAACCAUAUAAAAGACACAAAACUGCAUCCACAAGCGUACACAAAUGCCUGUUUGUAGCUCAAGAAAUAUUUACACAAACAAGCAAAACUAUCAUAGAACUUGCCGAAAUAGAAACAUUAAGUAAAGUCGAAAGGAAAUCUCUGGAGACACAAACCUCGCUGAUAUCAAUCAAGGAAAGCAAAAUAGUUGAACAGUCAUUGGAACUGACCAACUCUGUAUCUCAUUGUAAUGUAAUUAAACAUGAUUUUGACGUAAACAAUAGUAAAAGAUGUGUAGUAACUUGUGAUCAACUCCUGAACGGUUCUCUGGAGGAUGGCUCUUCUAAAUUUCUAACAUCAGAGCCAGAAAAUUCCGCUGCCAGCGAUGAUUCAGAUAGAAUAAUUAACAUUAUAGAUGACGAAUCAAAGGAUAACGAAUUAAGCGAAGAACAGAUAGCGAAUCGAUAUGAAAACACGAGUGAUUUUGAAGACACUAACUCAGAUAUAGAACAAUAUUCGUUAAUGGAAUGUUGUCAAUUAAAACCAAUUUCAGACAACCAAAGUGAUAGUAGUGAAGUAACGAAAUCAGUAGACCAUGAUAUCGAAGAUCUAUAUACAAAAUUAUCAGAAAGUAUCGAUUUAUAUCCCUUUGAUAAAACUUCUGAGGAAGGUAAAAGAAAAAUAGGCACUUUAACACCUCUAACUGAGGAAUCAACAAUAAAAAAGGAUAGUGUAGACACCUCUUCGUAUAAGAACAACUUCAAUUCACUAGAGAAAGAUGUACCUUUUACAAAUAAUCAAGGAAUGAGGAUAAAAUUACUUCCGAAUGAAGAUAUCGAUAAAAGUUCAUUCAAACUACCUCCGAUACAAAAUAACAAGUCUUGUCCAAACAGUCCGCAUCUUAAUUUCUUGUUCUCACUAAACGCGUCGUCAAAACAUUCAGAGAGAGCAGGUGCUUUACCAACAGUCGUGGAAGAUCAGAAUCAAAGACGAUGCAUGGGAGACAGGUGGGAGAUAGGAAAUAAGGAGCUUGCUUCAGGGGAAGGUGCACUUAUCAAUGGAAACUCCGACUCUAUGCACUUCAGUCCAGAAUAUCUCCAGUUACCUCCUAUUCACAUCGAAGGCCAUGUCGUCCACAAUGCACGGACGAGUUCAUUUCUAAAUGAUAGAGUGGACGCACAUGCUGUGGACACCUACAGUGAUUCCAUAUCCAUUAAGAACAAAAUACGUGAAUUGAAAAUGAGCAGACAUGCGAAGAAGAAUAUACCUACUCCUCGAAGUCGCAGCAUGUCACCGAUCUCCAUUUGUCAUGAAGGCAGCAGGAUUAGCGACGUGGCGGAAAAAGGCUGCGAAGCUCUGUGCGCGGAACUGUCCAGGAGAUUACGGUCAACGUCUUGGACUCAAAUCGCAGAUACAUUAGAAGAUGUUCCGAGAUCAUUGGAUAAGUUUUGGGGCAUUAUAAGCGAACAGAGGAUUGCGGAUUUGAUUAGAUUGGAUUUCCACGAAGCGGUGACGAUCCUCCUGACCAAGACCGGUAGCUACAGUAGGCCGGUGCGCCGUGCUGCCAACGUCGCUCUGGACGACAUCGUGUCAGGCGUGGAGUUCAGUCAUGCCAUCACAGCACUCUGCAUACAUGGAGCUAGCCAUAAGAGUCCUCUAGUCCGGUGCGCAUCAGCCCGACUGCUGGUAGUGUCUUGUGCACUCGCUGGCGGUGGGAGGGAACUGCUGAGGGCUCGGCCUCCCACCGCCGCUGCCGCUAGGAGGUAUGCGCUGCGCUCUCUAGCCGCGCUACUCGAAGACAAGAACACUGACACCAGGAAAUACGCCGAGCGACUUUACACGAUGUUGCGACCGCUCGGUAACUUCGAGGCUUACUAUCUCACUGAUGUGGACGUGGAGCAAGCCUCGAGGCAGAUGAAGAAAUAUGACCAGCUGUUGCUCAACGAACCGCCCAAAGAAAGGUGACGGUAAACCGAAGAUUGCGCGCUACAUUUUAUCGGCCUAGCAUGACAAUUUUGGCAUCAAGAUUUUGAUAACUUGUGAUUUGUUUUUUUUUAUUCUUUAACUAAUGUUAAAUCCUAUAGGCCCAGGAAAUUAUUGAUAAAUUGUAUUCAAAGUGUGAACCAUGCCUUAUACCAAUAUGGUAUACUACCCCCUUAUAUAACCUGGGCCAAUAUAUAUAUCUAUAACUUAAUAGUAAACCACGCUUUCGAAAAUGCAAUAAAAUAGAUAGACGAUAUAGUAUUAACAUUAUGAUAUAUUUUCUAUGGUUUUUGUAACUGCCAAAAUGGUCAUACUAAGCAAGUAAGCUAAGAGGAAUUUACGAAUCUUUAGUGCCUUUCUGACAUCUGAAAAA